UGCAGAAAGUGAAAGAAAGUGUCAAGUCAAUGGAGGUCAUGCAUUGCAUUUUUGUGCAUUUUUAUAAAAAAUAAUUCACUGGGAACCUAACUUUUGCCAAAAAUACUAAUGAUUUUUCAUUUUGUGAUGUGUUUAAUAGAACAGGAUUUUUAUCUAAAACAAUAAAGUAAUGGCAGAUCAGUUUUGUUUACGUUGGAACAACUUCCAAACAAAUAUAGUGAGUGCCUUGGAUUCCUUGAAAUGCUCAGAAGAUUUGGUCGAUGUUACUCUCACUUGCGAAGGCAGAAACAUCAAGGCCCACAAAGUCAUACUGUCCGCGUGCAGUCCGUACUUCAGGAAUGUGUUCAAGGAAAAUCCAUGUCAACAUCCAGUUAUAAUAUUGAAAGAUGUAUCUGCGGAUGAUAUUGUGAGCUUGUUAUCAUACAUGUACCAAGGUGAAGUAUUCAUAGAAGAGAGUAAGCUGUCAUCAUUCUUACACACAGCAGCUUUGCUUCAAGUAAAAGGCCUCACUGGUGUGACACAACAGAAAGAGAAUUUUAUGUCACCUAACCCUACCAACAAAUUGUAUACACAACUAACAAUUUCCUCCAAGCCACACAUAUCAUCUGGCCACAAGGAGGCUAAAUUGCCAGCAUUAAAAAAAAGAAGAUGCAGCACUUCAGAUAAACCAAAUGAUGUUACAAUUGGAGAGACCACCCACAAAAAGAACAAGACUAUAGAAAAUUGUGAUAUACCAGCUAAAAAUAAUAUAUCACAGUCAAGUAAAUCUGAAAAUUCUGUAUUUAUUCCUGAGAACAAUAUAGACAAAAAAGCUGAUGGUAAAGUUGAAAUACCAAUUAUUACUGCAAAUGGAAAAACAACGACAUUACCUCAGGUAAAUAUUCAGACAGAUAAUAUACCAGUGAUUGUGAAAACAGAAAGGCUUGAUGAUGAUGAAUCUCCACCGGCAGGACCUCCAUUGAAUUCUGAUGACGAUGGACUACCAGAUUACGAGAACAGUAUGCUUGCCAGAUCACUUUUAUCAGGUAUCAAUCCAUCAAAAGGAGAUAUUAGUGCCAACAACUCUUCCUCCAAGAAAGGGACCAUUGUGGUUUCUGACACACAUGCAAUCCGACCUAAGGAGAUUGCAACUGACACUGUAAUCUACACUAAUGCUGUCACUAAAAGUCCCCUGAAAAAUACGAGUUCCGAAGAAACAUUAGUAAAACCCGAGAAACAGUCGCCCAAAUCUGACAUGGAAUAUGAGCCAGAAGUAUUAUUAUCGGAACAGCAAGAGUCCGAUUCUGAUAAUACUUUUUCACAAGAUCAAUCUCAAACGCUUUUACUACUGGCCAGUAUGUCUAAUGUUCCUGUUUUGGGAGGUGCUUCAACAUCGCAAGGAGUUUCGCAUCAGUCCAACCAUGCCGCGAUAUGUGGGGACUGUCCACACUGUGGAAUGAAAUAUUCCAAUCAAUCGGCGCUCAAGUACCAUGUGCGGUUAAUGCAUUCAGAUUUAACUAACAGGCUGUGUUGUUACCUCUGUCCAAGGUCGUUCACUAUGCGAGAGACGUUCAAGGAGCAUAUGUGGUCAAGUCAUGGUCAGAGGAAUUAAUAAUGAAAAGUAAUUGUGCCUUGGCUCCAUUCUCAGCCAGAUUGGAGAGAAUUUGGUUAUGGUGUAUUCACACUCUCAAGUUACAUUAAUGAUGAAUGUAUAUGUAUGUAUAUAAUAUAUACUAUAUAUUAUCUUUGUAAAAUCACUUAUGAGCUGAGCUAUGCAAUAUUGUGAUCUAUUCGUGGUUUAAUUUAAUUAUUGAAAAGAAUAAAUUAACUAAAAAUUCAUAACACUAAAGUAGAAAUAUUAUCUUAAAGAAGUUUGUUUGCAAGGGAUGUGAAUUCACCAUGAGUUAACAUGGACUAUGAAAAAAUAUGUUGUGCCUUUAUUAUUAUAAAAUAUAAAAUAUUGAAGAAAUACAUAUACCUAUUUAUAUUUAAGUUGUUAUGAAUGAUAUUAGUAGUUAUAGAUAUCAAAAUGUACAUUUGGAACUGAAAUGAUUACUUCGUAGGAUGUAAUAGUUUCGAUAAAAUUAAAAUUGUUUAUAAAAAGUAUGUACAAAUAGUACAACAGUCUUUACAGGUGGUUUAUAUAUUUAUUAUUAAGUUUAUUUCAUAUUUUUUUAGUUACCAGUUAUUUAGAUACCUAAUGGUGUAAAAUUAAAGAGCAAAGUAUCGUGUUACCAGAAUUUGAAUCCAUUUCUUUAACAAUUGGUGCUAAGAAAUAAAUUCUUAUAGGAAUAUGGUUAGUUUAUAAUUGUGACCAAUGUCGUUCAUAGGUAUUUAUAGACGGUCAAUGAAACAAGCGAAUUGUACAAGUAUUAAAUUCAAACAAGACAAUUUAUUUAUACAUUAUUUAAGUCUAAAAAUACAUUAGUUCAAGAGAGUGCCUAUAUUUAUUACUUUGAUAUAAAUAUUUAUAUAAAAACAUUUUUUUGUGAAAAUAUAUCAGAAUGGUUUCUUAUUUGAAACUCAGGAUAUGUAAAUAAUAAGACGUUCUGGAUUUUGUUAUGAUUGGGAGAAGUUACUAAUUCUUGAAAAUUGCCAAAAUUCGUCAUUGGUGUUCCUCAAGCUUGAUGCUUAAAUAAAAAAAUCAAGGGUUAAGUUAUUGUAUUAUAUUAUUUUUGGUUAAUAUUGUGCAGACAAAGUCCAUAAAAAGUUGUUUAUCAGUAUUGUUUAAAUUCUGUCAUGCGUAUUGUAUCAAAAUUCAAUAUCCUUUUCUUUCCCUACUUCGUAUGACAACUUUUUAAACUAAUAAUCCGGGGCGCGCCGAAAUGUUUAGAAUAAUUAAUUUUUUUUUGCUUUAGUUUAUCCUCAGCGCAAGUGAUAAUUAAGCCUCCUCAUAAUUAUACAUUUCAUAUAUGUAAUUGAACUGCGCGUUUUAAUAAUCACAGUUUUCAAUAAACAUUGAAGGAGGCGAAUCGGAUGUGUUUUUUUACAUUUCAGUUAAACCUGUGCCAAAUCGGUUCUUUUUAAUGGUAUACUGUUUCUACCGCAAGUUACCAGUUUUUGUGUUUAAGUGUACUUUAGUCUUCAUUAAUUUUUGUAAUUAAAUUAUAUUUUGUUAGAUCAUUAAGUGUGCAAAUUUUGUUAUCUCAUAUCUUUUCUAUUGAUAGAUCUACUCCAAUGUGUCGAAUGCCAUUAGCGAAGUAUAAUGUCGUCCUAGAUUCAUAAGAAACUAUGAGAAUAAUGUUAGAUUUAUUUAAACUUAGAGCCUUUAGUAAAAAGAUAAAUAUUUACGUACCUAAAUAAGUUGUUGAAUAUUUUAUUCAGAAUUUUACAAAAUUUAC